CUCCAGAAAACAAUGCAUAAAGCUAUUACCAUACAAGACCUCCACAUCACAGAGACAAAGGUCCUUCUUUGAGAGAGGACAUCCUUGUGAAGAUUUCAGUUGUCAUAGAUGGGAAAGUAUAGGUUUUGGCUGUCUGAUAUGAUGUCAAAGUCUUGGUUCUACAAGCUUAAACAUAUGGGAAGAGGAAACAGAAGCCAAAGCAUUCAUCGCUCCAUGAAGAGAAGCCAGUCUUCAGCAACAACCGCAGCUUCCGCUGCAACACUACCUCCGGCGACACAGCAAGACUGCCUCCCCAACAGAGCCUCCUCCUACAUCCCAAGCAGAAGAAGAACACCAAAACUCCCUCGCUCUCCCAUCAACAUUAAGGCCUCAGACACCCACUUCCCUCCAGGAGAGCCGAAGACGCCGAAGCGGAAGACCCGAAGAAGGCCUCUCAAGCCAUGCGCCCGUCAUGACAAUGAUCCUUGUAAGCAUGUAACCACAAGCUCUUCCACCAUGUUCAAGGAGUAUGAGGACUUGGAGGUUGUAUCGGAGCUGAAGCUCGCACCAAUCCUGACCAAGCCAGUGGAGAAAGAAGCACGCAGGGCUGCAGCAAGGAGAUCGGUGUCGGGAGUUCAUGGAAUCAAGGUGCGGCAGAACUCUCCAAGGGUGGGAAGCAGGAAGGCGCAGGCUGGGAGGAACCACAACGCCGCAGCAUCCGAGGCAACAAUGCGGCGGAGAGCACUGCUAUCCGAGAACUUUGUGGUGAUCAAGUCAUCCUCGAGCCCCAUGAGGGACUUCAUGGAGUCGAUGAUGGAGAUGAUCGUGGAGAACAACAUCCGCGAGCCCAAGGAUUUGGAGGAGCUGCUGGCCUGCUACCUGUUCUUGAAUUCCAAGGAGUAUCAUGAAGUCAUCAUCAAGGUGUUCGAGCAUAUCUGGUUUGCUCUUGGUGAAGUAAGAAUGUGACUACAUAACUGUGGCUGCAAUUAAUAGUUGCAAGAGAGGAUUUGUAAGGUUGGAUUAUACUCCAAUAGUGCAGUAGUUUCUUUUUGAAACUUGUUGGAAUUGUUCUUGUAUACAUAAAUCUCUCCUUUUUGAUUGC